UGGAUUUGGUAAAUGGAGGGACAAGGACAAAUGAUGACAUGAAUGCAAAGUAGGGACUAUAUAAAAGUCCCUGCAGCCCAGAGCCUUCAAGCCACUUUGGUUCUCCUGGUUUUGCAUCUGCUGUUGGACCAAGCCCACUUCCAUCCCUACGAUGGCUUUCUAUAGGCAGCCUUGCGACUACGGCCGCCCCUUGCUGCCCUGUGAGGUGACCUGCCCACAGCCCUAUGCCGAUGCCUGCAGCCAGCCCUGCAUCACCUCCUGUGGGGACUCCCGUGCCAUCGUCUACCCUCCACCUGUGGUCAUCACCUUCCCAGGCCCCAUCCUCAGCUCCUGCCCUCAGGAGAGCAUUGUGGGCAGCUCAGCCCCGCUGGAGCUGGGCAGCUCCUUUGGCCAUGGGAGCUACCUGGAAACCCAGAGCUUGGUGGGUCCUGCUGCAGCCGGCCGCUACUCCAACUCCUGCUACACCCACCGGGCAGCAUUCCGCCCUCAGAAGCCCUGCAUCACUCUGCCACCUCCACCACCCACCAAGACCUGGCAAGAGCAGGAACAGGAGCAAAUCCGCAGCCUCUAAGCAAGCACAGAGGUGCAGCUUCAGAGGGCAUCGCCAGGAGCUGGCUCCACACUCAGCCAUCCUGAGGAACAAGCUUAAAUGCCAGUCCCCCUUUGCAUGAGGUCUCUGCUCAAGAUCUCCUUGCACUCUACUUAAUCCCCUUUUCCUUUUCUAUCGUGUAAAUUUAACUCAAUCCCUCUGCGUUGUUCCUUGCAGUAUUGCUGUGCUCUGAUAAAUCCCAUUUGUCAUUCUCAAUAAAAUCCUUCCUCCUGCAUGAUAUAAAGUUUUCUUCUUUUAUUAAUUUGGUUUCUAGUCUGCAGCUCACUGAUGCUGAAAUAAUCCUUGAUGAGUAGUAUCUAAUAAAGUCUUUAAAGGA